GUAGCCGAGCUGCCAGCUCGGAAAAGUAAAUAAAAUACUAAGUCUAGUGGCCUACGACCAUACUGUCAGAGUAGUUUUCUUCUGCUGGGCACAAUACUUGUACUUCAGUGCUUUCUGACUUUACUUUAAGUAUAGACUCAGGUUUGAUACGAAACAAUCAAAGAAAAUUUUGAAAAUUGUGAGAAAUUUGCGAAUUCGGGAUGGCAGCUGUAAGUAUAAGCAUCAAGGGGGAGCCGGCCGUCCUGCUGAAGCUCGGUAAUGUCUACCGCAUUGGGCGCAAGAAGUCAUAUGAGUUCUGUGUUGACGAUGAAUCCAUGGAGCUGUGUCAUGCUGUGGCAACAGUCUAUCUAGCGGGCGUCCUUCGCGUGAUUGCUCUGCAGGGAAAGGUAUUCGUGAAUGGCUUGGAGAACGGCAACGCGGACAUCAGCCAAAAGGAUGCCAUCGAUGGAAAGGUGAAGUUGCGCUUCGGUAAUGUGGAGGCCGAAGUGCAAGUGAUGGAACCUAUUCAGCACCAUGAUAGCAGCGGAUUCGACGAAUCCGGCAAGGACACAUCCGUCAACACAACAAUUGACAGUGUUAGUAUGCCUGAAACGGAGGAGCAGUCGGUCAGCACAAGUCCUAAUACAACAUAUGGCGACUUCGUCUCUGAAAUGCAACUCAAUUGUUUCGAUGAGAAUGCAUUAGACGGCUUUGAUUUAUCUAUGAUUAUAAGAGAUGUUGGAGAUGUACUGGAUAUCGAUGCAACGGACCUGGAAAGCAGCGGUUUAACGCAGUUUAUUGUGGCCCCCAUAGAAACGCCAACAGCAACUCACCUCGAAGAGGAGGACGAUAAUCAGCAUUUCAUUGCCACUCAGUUGUUUCCAAUUAAACUCAACUCUUCUGAACAGCCCAGUUCUAGUAAGAGCCCUCAGGAUUUCAUAGCCACUCAGCCAUUUCCUUCACGGAAGAAUCAAAAGUGGUUGUACGCUGCUGAAUGUACUGAAGAUCUCAGCAACAAUGAAGGCAAUCCAGAUUUGACAGCCACGCAGGGAUUACCCCCGAGGAGCAAGCAAGCAAACAACACUCAAGAAAAUAAAGAGAACAUUGCAGUUGAAAAUAAUGAUGCAGAACCCAAAGCUUCCCCUUCCAAAGACGCAGGAGCUCUGGAUACCCUUAAAUAUGAUGAUAUCAUGGAGAUACAGAAUGAAAUGGCUAAAGGCCCUCAACAACCGCCCGAUGAUCCAAACAAGCCUCAAAUUAAGUUCGUUGAACCUUGCAUUAUUAUGGACGAAAACCAUAAUGCUAAGGUUUCCCGAAUAGAAUCCGUCUUUCCACACAGCAGCAAGGAGGAACAUCGUUGGCGUUUACCGAAAUCCGGAUCGCUGUCACCUCCAAGUACUACAAGAGGAACAUAUUCACGACGCUUUUCAGACGAGUCCCCCAGAAUCCAGCCAGAAAACGCAUCCGGACAUAGAAAGAAGAUCUUCCGUUUUGUUUGCAAUUCGCUUACUGCAAAAGAGGCUAAAAGGGCAGCUGACAAGGAGAGAACCCCGGAUUUGCUGGUCAAGGAAUCGUCAGUUAGUUACAAGGCGUCGACUAGUGCAGAGCUCGAUUCUGCUUUGCAUUCCAAAGUAAAGACAAUCGAACUCGAAACAGAGGAUCAGUACGUUCCAAAUGAACCACGCAGGCGAUUAACAUACUCAAAAACAAUCGAAAAGGAUCCGAAAGAUGCACCUGAAAAAGAAAUCGCUGUAGGGAAGGAAAAGACUACUAGUGCUGUGGGAAAACAAACGGUGGCAGGAUCUAGGAAGCGUAAAAUAUCAACGGAGGAUAAGCCAAAGAUAAAACCAAAAGGUAGUAAAAGUGAGACACCAUCUACCAUAGGGAUGAUGACAAGAGGUAAGGCGGCACAGGAGAAAGCUAAAGCAGAACAACAAUCCAAAGCUACUGCUACUCGAGACUUUUGUAUCAGGAUCAAAAAAAUGAAGCUAAUAAAAUCGAGCUCUGUCACUGGAGAGGCCACUGAUCGUCCAACCACAAGUGCUGCAGCACAAAAGGAAAUCCGUUAAGAAAGGGAAAAUCAAAUAGUAGAAAGUAAAAAUGUAAUCAUGUUAUUCAUUGCCAAUGUAGAAUAAAUAUUCUUGACGCUGCCAAAUAUUGGCAUGAUGUUGCCUUAAACAACGACCAACGACUCUUGGAGUCUUAAAAGUUUUCUAAUAGGCGCGGGAUUCGAAAGCAACGCGCCAAAUCAAAAUUCAAGCCUUCACUAGUUGUACUCUUCUAACACACGGCAUCAAGUUCGAAAAUUCGACAUAAAUUUUUAGUGUAUCGAUAUAAAAGUGCGAUAAAUUGUAUCGAGCCCGAAUUGUAUCGGACAUUUGAAAGCCACGGGCUUGCCUCCCCAUUUUACAGUUUAAUCGGGCCCGCGGACAAGUAAACAACGAAGUAAUGUGGAGUCUAUCUUCAGAAAAGUAGUUCCGUUGAUAUCGACAAACAAAUCCCAUAUUGAUAUUACCUAUCAAACAGCCCACUUUUUAAAUUCUCGCCGAGGCAGGUUGAUUGGCGCGCUUGUUUCCCAUUUGUUGUGCUGUUCGUCUUUCGUCGUCAGUCGUCUGUGCCGUGUCGUGCUUUUCGCCAGCGCUGAAACCGAAACCAGCUGGCAAAUACACAUACAUAUUUAUUUAUUAGCUCGCGGGUGCUGCAAUAUCGCCGCCAAAGAGGUCUCCCGCGCCGAGCCAACAUCAUCGAUAUUAUAAAUACAUAUUUAUUCCGGCCAGCGACGCGAAAUUUGCGGCAUUUUAGUGUGUUAAAUCAGAUAUUGAGUGUUGUCACAGCAAAACUUAAACGACAAAAUCAGCAGAACCAGAAACAGAAACGAAGUCCCAUAAAACAUAAAACGAAAAAAUAUAUAUAUUUUGUAUAAUUAAAAUUCAGAACGAGACGCGAAACACAAGGCAACACACGAGGCGAGAGAAAAGAGAGAGAGAGAGAAGGGAGAGAGACGAACCAUCAAGCAAAACAAAAGCAGAAGUGAACGCUGAUUCUUACCCCGAAAUAUUCCAUUUUCUCGAUCUUCUUCUGCGACCAACCAUCCCAUCUGACUCUUACUGUAUAUUUACCUGAGUCUGUGCCCUUGCAGCCGGCAGGCAAUUGGUAACGUAACUCGCUCUCCCGCUCUCACCGGGCAAAACAAAACAAAACAAGGAAAAGGAAAAGGAAGAGUAAGAAGUAGAAGGAGAAGCAAA